AUGCUUUUCUUCUCUUCCUUCUGUUCCUGCUUCCGCGUUUCCCAACCCACCAUCGUCCAUGACGCCACGCCCUCCACCAACCUCACCACGUUCAUCUACCACACGGAAAACGGCACCGUUUCGCUGACAUGGUCACGCUCCAUGCUGGGUCGCUCCCUCCACGUUCACCUCCACCACCACUCCUCCUUCCACCUCCACCUCAAGCCCUGGAACAAAACCGGUUCCAAGAAACUCUCCCACAACACCCUCUUCCUCUGGAACCUAACCAAAGCUAGGUUCGGCUCCGGACCCGAACCUCGCUCCCGAUUCUACCUCGCCCUCAUCGUCGACCAAACCAACCUCAGCCUCCUCGUCGGAGACCUCACCCCAAAAAACAAACCCCACACACCUAACACCGAAACGCAACAGGUUCUCCUUCUCAAACGGGACCAUGUCCACGUAGCGCCACACCUUAGCAGGGUAUACCAAACCAAGACCAUACUCGGAGGUAAGGUUAGGGAAAUCCAAAUAGACUGCGACGGUUACAGUAAUGGUAACGGUUACGAGGACGACAGUUUGAGGUUGUUGUUUGGUGUGGAUGGGGAGAAGGUUCUGGAAGUGACCCGGUUGAAGUGGAAGUUCAGAGGGAGCGAGCGUGUGGAGGUGGAUGGCGCGCACGUGCAGAUCUCGUGGGACGUGCAUGAUUGGCUUUUCGAGAAGGAUAAGGAUCAUGGUAAUAGUAGUAAUAAUAAUGAUGGGAAUGGUAAUGAUGGUGGUAAGAACGAGGGGCACGCGGUUUUCAUGUUUAAGUUCGAGGAAGAAGAGGUAGGAGGUGGGAGUGGGAAGGAGGUGGAUGUUGUGUGGUCGAGUGGGGAGUGGAAGAAUGGGAAGAGUUGGUCGUCUUCUUCGUUGUCGAUUUCUUCUUCUGCUGGAUCCUUUGGAGGGAGUUCCUCUGUCAUGGAAUGGUCCAGUGUGGAGGAGAAUGAGUUGGUGGUACCUCAUGGCUUUUCUUUGGUGGUUUAUGCUUGGAGAAAGUGA